AUGGGUAAAUCACCUCGCCGCCAAACUUCAGUUAAUUCGCCAAAUAUGGAUACCGGUGCUUCUACGUCAUCAGCAUCAAAACCCAGCCAGGGUAGCAGUGCAUCAGCCACCGUCAAUAUAGCCAGUGAUUUACCAGCCGCCCCUACAGCCACCGGAGCCACCACUCGAUCAUCUUCAGCCGCUGCCAUUGCGCGUCAGGAAAACGUGAUUGCGGCUCUACAAAAACGAAUCGCCAUGCUUGAGAUGAGUUUAUCGGCCUCUCAAACCCAGUCACGUGGUGAAGCGCUCAACGUGGGUACAUCCAACAACAAUGUCGCCGCCGAAGUUUCGUCGAGGAUAGCAACACAAUUGCCGGAAUCGCAGCAGCCAGCUAUUGCCAACUGUACAGUACCGUUGUCGCAACCUACCGAUAUCCGUUACACGCCGCCGUUAUUUGCAGCAAGUACCGCUGCUGCAAACCACAUGUACAGUUCAACUAUUUUUACGCCUUCGAUCCAUUCUAAUUCGACGACAAUGCCUACGUUUGUUAAUACAAGUGCAACAUCUACACAGUCAUCGAGUUUGCCGAGAAAAUUGCAGGAAUUGCCCGAAUUUUGUGGAAAGCCGGAAGAUUGGCCAAUAUUUUAUACGGCUUAUAUAGAGUCAACUGCAAUUUAUGGUUAUAGCAAUUAUGAGAACAAUCAACGUUUGUUAAAGUGCCUGAAAGGUUACGCACGUGAAGCGGUCAAGUCACUGUUAAUCCACCCGGACAAUGUCGGUAAUAUAAUUGAUUUAUUAAAAUUUAGAUUUGGGCGCCCCGAGCAGUUGAUCCGCAGCCAGCUGUGUCAGGUGAGGGAAAUCGCACCUAUUUCGGAAAAUGCCAUGCUGAAAAUAAUACCGUUUGCAACAAAGGUAUGUAAUAUUUGUGUAUUUUUACAAUCUGCUCAUGGUGGUGAAUUGCAUUUGUCAAAUCCUACGUUACUCGACGAACUUGUUUCAAAAUUGCCUUUGAGCAAACGUGUCGAAUGGGCCAGCUUCGCAGCGCUUAUUCAGCCUCAUGCAACAGUGAAACAUUUUAGUGAUUGGCUAUCAAAAUUAGCUAAUAUAAUUUGUACGGUUUGUGAAGACCCUUAUAAGGAUUCGAAGUGCCGCAUGGUUCUACAUACAGUUGAGCCACAACGAUCAGUGAGAUGUCCAAUUUGUCAGGAGCAACACAAGGUAGCAGAGUGUGCGCGUUUUGUAGAAUAUUCAGUGCCGAGAAGAUGGGCAGAAGUGAAACGACGUCGUUUGUGUUUUGCUUGUCUCAAUUUAGGCCACUGUGCAAGCAAUUGUCAUCGACGCAGGUUAUGUUCAAUUGAUGGUUGCCGGAGAGUGCAUCAUAAGCUCUUACAUGAAGUCGCGGAGAACGUUUCCAAUUCGUCAGGACAGUCAACUCCAACUUUCUCCGCUACGAAUAUACAAGGUAAUCGUAAGCCUACAUCACCAAGUCGUUCACUCAACAGCCAGCAGACAUCACUUGAAGCAAGAUCAGCAGUUCUGAGUUGCAGUUCCACUGAAAGCAAGCUCCUCUUCCGUAUUUUACCGGUCACCGUAUACGGAAAUAACAGACGUGUUGAUACUUACGCACUGCUGGACGAAGGUUCAUCCAUCACGAUGAUUGACAGUGCUCUUGUUCGAGACUUGGGAAUGCGUGGAAUUGAGCAAUCUUUAAAUGUACAGUGGUUUGGAGGACGUGCAGCGCAGGAAUCAGCGUUUGUAGUGGACUUAUUCAUCAGUGGCGCCGGUAUGCAGAAACAGCACAAACUCCGUAACGUGUAUGCUGUGUCGAACCUACAACUUCCUGUACAGAGUUUAAGCAGAGACGAUUUGGGUCAUGAAUAUAGACACGUAAGCCAACUACCGGUACAAUCUUACGCUCAAGUCAGGCCCAAGCUGUUAAUUGGCCUUGACCACUGCCAUUUGGGAUUACCAUCGACGACUGUGAGGGUAAAGGAGCACGGACCAUUCAUUGCUAAUACAGAGUUGGGUUGGGUUGUAUUCGGCCCCACAUCUUCUACACAACCGUCCCUAGUAGCGUGUUUAUGCGUGAAUAGUCAAGCUGAUCAGAGACUUCACAAUAUGGUAUCUAACUUUUUCGAAAUUGAGAGUUUUGGUGUUAGAGCUGCACCGCCAAUAGAGAGUGAAGCAGACAUCCGUGCCAGAGAUGUCUUGAAGUCUACCACAUGCCGCGUAGACGGACGUUUUAAAACGGGUCUUAUAUGGAAAAGUAACAAAGUUAAUUUACCUGACAGCUACAAUAUGGCGUUGAAACGAUUAAUCAGUGUAGAGCGAAGGAUGCGUCGUGAUGCAGAUUUUGCCGCCGAAUACAAGAACAUCAUGGACUCUUACGUCACAAAGAAGUACGCACGAAAACUGCCGCCAGCAGAAGCUGAAGUAUGUACACCUACAACUUGGUAUUUGCCACACUUUGCCGUUGCUAAUCCCAACAAACCCGGAAAGCUACGUAUGGUUUUUGAUGCCGCUGCUGAGGUAAGUGGAAUCUCCCUCAACUCACAGCUCUUGAAGGGUCCACAAGAAUAUCGCCCAUUGCCGUCGAUAUUAUUUCGUUUUCGUGAGGGUGCAGUUGCCGUGUGUGGAGGCAUCAAAGAAAUGUUCCACCAAGUCCUUAUACAAGAAGAUGACAGAUGUGCACAGCGAUUCCUGUGGCGUGAUGGUAAUGCUACGCAACAGCCGGAUGUUUACGAAAUGUGCGUGAUGACGUUUGGUGCUGCUUGUUCACCAUGUGCUGCAAAUUAUGUAAAAAAAGUUAACGCGUUGGAGCACCAAAAUGAACACGGAACCACGGCCCGUGCAGUAAAAGCAAUAUUGGACCACCAUUAUGUCGAUGACUUCGUUGAUAGCUUCAGUUCGGAAGAGGAAGCGAUUUCCGUGUCAGAGCAGGUCCGAGCGAUUCAUAUGGAUGCUGGGUUCGAGCUUCGCAACUUCACAUCCAAUUCUUCGAAGGUAUUAGCCGCGCUUGGUGGUACUGAUGUUACACGAUCGAUUGGCAAGAAAGAAGGUUUCGUAGGUGAGAAGGUACUAGGCUUAUUUUGGCAGCCAUCAUCGGAUUGUUUCGGCUUCAAACUUAAAUUUCAUAACGUUUCUGAAGCGGUGAUAAAUGGGGAGAGACGCCCUACUAAAAGAGAACUUCUAAGUAUCGUCAUGUCGAUUUUUGACCCUCUUGGGUUUCUAAGCCAUUUCGUCAUUGGGGCCAAGUUACUUAUGCGUGAGCUUUGGAAACACGAUGUCCACUGGAACGACCCAUUGCCAAACGACGUAAACGCUGCUUGGACGAAGUGGCGUAAACAACUAACCGAGAUUGACAAGUAUGCCAUACCUCGUUACUAUUUCAGAAAUGGUGCACCUCAGGUACUUCAACUUCACAUAUUUGUUGAUGCUAGUGAAGAUGCCUUCGCCGCCGUUGCUUAUAUUCGAUCUCAAUUUAUAUCUGGUGAAUUUGAUGUUGCAUUCGUUUGUGCCAAGACAAAAUGUGCGCCAAUGAAAACCCUUACUGUGCCACGCCUCGAACUUCAGGCAGCGGUUUUGGGCACUCGUCUUAUGCAGUGUAUCCGCGACGAACAUUCUCUGAACAUCAAAGAUUGUAUCCUGUGGAGUGACUCAAAAACGGUCAUCAAAUGGAUACAGAGUGAACAUCGUCGUUACAAGCCUUUCGUUCAGCAUAGGAUAGCAGAGAUAUUGGCUUCGACAAGCAUAUCAAAUUGGAGAUGGAUACCCACUAAGCACAAUGUAGCCGAUGAAGCGACGCGAGCAAAUGAUUGUAUCAAUUUUAAUCCAACAGCACGUUGGUCACGGGGGCCUCCGUUCUUACGCCAGAACGAGCAAGAUUGGCCUUCAGAAGACGUAAUAGUUUCUGGAAAUGAUGAACCUGAUGAAGAGCUCCGGCCCAAAUUCGCUUUAGUCAUCGUGAGUUGUAAUUUUAUAGAUUUUAAUAGAUUCUCUUCUUUUCAAAGAUUGGUAAGAACCGUUGCCUGGGUAUUACGCUUUGUCAACCAUUGCCGUCGUCGUACACAGCCAAAUCAAUGUUAUGGUUUAUCAGCCCAAGAAGUGGACAAUGCUAAACGCCUUUUAUGCCGCAUAGUACAACGCGAAGUGUAUGCAGCCGAGUUCCAGUCCAUUGAAAAUGGUCACGACAUUACCCACGACAGUACACUGUUACAACUCUCACCAUAUAUAGACAAAGAAGGUGUUCUUCGAGUACAGGGACGCAUUGACGCCGCCAGCUGGCUUCCAAUCAGCACACGACGUCCUAUUAUUCUACCACCUGGUCAUGCCUUCACAAAAUUAUUGGUGCUACAUCACCAUAGCGCCAUGUGCCACCAAAAUAUAGAAGCAACUAUUGGUGAGAUCCGCCGUAAUUAUUGGGUGCCACGACUAAGAAGUGUGUUGCGCAACGUCAUUGCAAGUUGCAAUGUAUGCCGUUUGAAUAAAGCUACCCCGUCAGCGCCAUGGAUGGGACCGCUUCCGUCGGACAGACUUACUCCUUACGUACGCCCGUUUAGCUACACUGGCCUUGAUUACUUUGGCCCAGUCACUGUGACUGUUCGACGCAGUACCGAGAAGAGAUGGGUUGCGCUCUUUACGUGCCUUACAGUGAGAGCUGUGCACCUAGAACUGGCUCACGAUUUGAGUACUGAUUCCUGUAUUAUUGCCUUACGUAAUUUUGUGAAUAGACGUGGUGCGCCCGUAAGAAUUAGGUCCGACAAUGGAAAGAAUUUCGUUGGCGCCGACCGAGAAGCAAAACGAUUUGCAGAAGUGUUUGACUGCGGUCGCUUACAAAGUGAAUUAUCACAGAAAAACAUCCAGUGGGUGUUUAAUUCCCCAUUUAACCCUUCGGAAGGUGGCGCGUGGGAGAGAAUGGUACAGUGUGUCAAGCGAGUUCUACGUCACACAUUAAAAGAAGUUUCACCAAGAGAGCAUACUCUGAUUAGUUUCCUGAUUGAAGCUGAGAACGUCGUUAACUCUCGCCCACUGACGCAUCUGCCUAUCACUGCCGAUCAAGAACAGCCUCUGACUCCUAACGAUUUCAUUCUGGGAGCAGACAACACGCCCGAGACUCCUAUAGCAGACGCUGACUUGGGAAACACUUGUAUGCUACGCAAGCAGUGGCGCAUCGCGCGUCAAUUGAGGGAUCAUUUUUGGAAGAGGUGGAUUACUGAAUAUCUACCUACAUUGACUCGCCGUGUGAAAUGGUGCCGUAGAACGAAGCCAUUAAAAGAAGGAGAAUUGGUGUUUAUAUGCGAUCCUAACGUUCCACGACGAGAAUGGUGCCGCGGUAGAGUGGAGAAAGUAUACCCUGGAACUGAUGGCGAAGUACGACGAGCAGACAUACGAACUUCCACGGGAGUUAAACAGAGAGCAGUCUCAAAACUAGCCGUUCUGGACAUUGAUGGUGGUGAAUCUGGUUGA